CGAGAGCUUCUGCACCUGCAACAUUCCAGUCUCAUUUUUUCCUCAUUGACCGCCAUGUCGCACAAUUUCGAGCCAUUGAAGAACGACCUGCUGCUGCGAGCGGCGUGGGGCCAGAAGGUGGAACGACCUCCCAUGUGGGUGAUGCGCCAAGCCGGCCGCUACCUACCGGAAUACCAUGAAGCAAAGGGCACGCGCGACUUCUUCGAGUGCUGCCGAGAUGCCGAGGUCGCCUCCACAUUAACGCUGCAGCCCGUUGAGCGCUUCGAGGGCCUGCUGGACGCCGCCAUCAUCUUCUCCGACAUCCUCGUCAUCCCCCAGGCCAUGGGCAUGCAGGUGGAGAUGGUGGACAAGAAGGGACCCCAUUUCCCCAACCCGCUGCAGAGCCCCACGGACGGGCAGUACGAGCAGGUGCUCGGCCGAAAGGUGGACGUUGCCGCCGAGCUCGACUACGUCUACAAGGCAAUCACCCUAACGAGGAAGAAGCUGGCCGGCCGGGUUCCCCUGAUUGGCUUCUGCGGCGCCCCUUGGACGCUCUUCUGCUACAUGGUCGAGGGGGGCGGGACUAAGCUUUUCGCCCAGGUCAAGACAUGGAUCUACAAGUACCCGGAGGAGUCGAAGAAGCUCCUGGCUAAGAUUGCUGAUGUCUGUGUAGACCACCUGGCUCUUCAGGUGAAGGCUGGUGCUCAGGCGGUGAUGGUGUUUGACUCAUGGGCUGGAGAGUUGUCUCCUGCUUCCUUCAAGGAAUUCUCCGAGCCUUACCUUGCUCACAUUGCGCAAAAGCUACCGCUGAAGCUGCAAGAGCUGGGAUUGGAGAAGGUCCCCAUGACGGUGUUCCCCAAGGGCGCCUGGUACGCUCUCGACUCAGUUUGUAAUCUGGGCUACAAUGUCGUCGGCAUGGAUUGGCUGCAAGACGCCGCCGAGGCUGUGAAGAUUCGAGGAGACAGGAACGUUGUCUUCCAGGGCAACGCCGAUCCCGGAUGCUUGUAUGGUUCAAAGGCCGCCAUCACCGAGGCUGUUGAGACCAUGGUCAAGGGCUUUUGGACUGGUAACAAGGGCUGGAUUGCCAACUUGGGUCACGGUAUCACCCCUGGUGUCAACCCCGAUAACCUGAAGUUCUUCUUUGAGGAAAUCCAUCGCCUGACCAAGCCCUGAUGCUGUGGCAAAGGAGAGGAGAAAAUAAAACGAAGAAAGUGAAAGAAAAAAAAAAAAGUGAAAAAGGCGGCCGGCUCUCAAUUCAGCGGCAGAGUCAGAAUAGUAUAUUGAAAUGACAAGCUGUAUUGUAAGCCCGAUCUAAAAACCAAGAAUCGCUCCGUCUGUUGAAAUACCCUUUUGGUUUUGGAUGCCGUUUCCUAAUUGAAGCCCACAAACAAUCUUUUUUUU